UUACCGGGACGCCUGGGAUUGGAAAGAGCUACUUCUUUUACUACAUGCUGUUGCGGCUGCUGCACAGCCCAUCGCCACCGCCCUUCAUCCUUUGGGAGCACUACGGAUUUCCUGGUGUAAUGUGGUGCUACAUGCAUGAGACAGGCCAGGUCCAGUAUUCCAGCAAUGGCCGUGUGGCUUUCUUGGAGGCGUUCCGCAAUCCCGAGACCUGGUGGGUUCUAGCUGCACAGUGCAGCACACUGAUAGUGUGCUACAGGGUGCCAUACAUACAUACCCCCGUCCAGGACAUCCAGGACAUCCCAGCCAUUUCCUUUGGCCUUGCUUUUGGUAGGGGAAUGGUUGGGAUUUACUUAAUAGCCUUUGCCCUAGCUGGGUUUUGUUCAGUUGGGACUUGA